AUGUUGCCUCAAAACAAGGAGCAGGUGCUGCUAGAGAAGGCAGUGCCCCUGGGGCACCCUCCUCAGGGCCUCUCACAACUUGUGGACUCCCCUCCCCACAAUCUACAGCCUUUCUCUCCCCAUCAGUCACUUCCUCCCUCCCACCCAGCUUUCUCCUCUUCCACUCAAUCCCACCUUCCCUUCUCCCCUCCUCCACGGUCCCACUCUCCUGGCUUCUCUUUCUACUCUUCCAACUCAAAUUCUGACUUUGCUCCACAAUCCUGCUCUUCCUUUCUCCCAAGUUCUCCCAAUUUCUUACACAAGAACUACCUCCCUCUCUCCCUUCCACGUUCCUCCUCUCCCUCCAACCACCACCAGCUACUCCCUUCUGCUCCUCCGACUCUCUCCUCCUCUCUCUCUCAGCCACAGAACUCUCUUCCCCACUCACGUUGCCAGUCUCCUUCCUACCCCGAAGACCUCCCCGGCUCCACGCUCACUUCCCCAAGCCCUAGCCUUCCUUCUCGUGGGGUCCACUCUAACAGGCUGACAUGGCGCUCGCCUCAGUACAGGGACACCGGGUCCCCUGUGGUGGUGGGGGGAUGUGUGGAAAGCGAGAAGGACCCUGCAGAGUUCAGGGACCCAGGGGCCCUAGCCCAGGCCGUGGUAGUCCACCUGGGGCACCGACGCAUCGCACACGACCUGCGGCUACUGCUUUUGCAGCGCCUGUGGCUAGGCAGAGCCGGCCAGGCCCCAGUCAUGGAGUAUCCUAUAUGCCUGGUGUGCCUCCGGCCCCGCAGCCCCUCCUGUCCCAUGCCCAGGUACAGGACUGUACCCCGGCUGCUCGCUUUCCCCCAACUGCUGCCCUGUCUUCAGGGCCAGGAAUCUGGACCGCUCCGCAUAGGCAUCGGCUUCGGCCUCCGCCUGCCUCAGGGACUGGCCAGAGCCUUGCAUCUGUUGCCAGAAAGAAGGCCGGAGGAAGUAAGGCCCUUGGGCGAGGCCGCUCAGGCCUGUGGGUGUCAAGUGCAGGCAUCUCAGGCCCCAGCAGCUCAAGCCCCAAAGGCUCAGGCCUGGGCAGACCUAGCCCCAGGCACACCCUCCCAGACGGGGAGCCUCAGGUCUGCAGGCCAUCAGUUACUAAACUCCACCCGAUGUUCCGGGUCUCCACGGCAGGUGCCAAAACAGGCCACUGCCUCCCCAAAGCCCAGGCCGUCCCCUUCCCCUGCCCCAAAGAGGCCUGCCUCUCCAGAGCCCAUUCUCCAAAAGUUGCCAUCCUAG